AUGGUCGUCCGCAGUAUGGCCCUGUACGGCGCGCCAAUAUGGGCUGAAGCCCUCGACGCGCCGAACAGGGCCCUCCUCCGCAGGCCACAGCGCAUCGUUGCGGUGCGCGCAUGCAUGGCUUACCGUACGGUGGGCCAUGCAGCGGCCUGCGCUUUGGCCGGCACUCCCCCAUGGGAGGUAGAAGCGGGCGUGCUGGCCGAAGCGUACCGGGAGCGGGCCGAGCUAAGAGCCCGUGGCGAAUCGCUCGCCCCAGAGGAGCUCGCCCGCUCCCGGGCGAGGAGAAAGCGGACGACCCUAGAGCUGUGGGACAAUAGCCUAGCGGGCGCCGAAUACGGCGCCCGCACCAUAGAGGCUAUACGCCCACAGCUCUCGGACUGGUGCGGGAGGCGCCACGGCGCUUUAAAUUACAGGCUCUCGCAGAUUUUGACUGGCCAUGGAUGCUUCGGGCGAUAUCUGCACAGAAUCCAGAGAGAGGAGAGGAUGUCGUGCCACGAGUGCGGCGCUGAUGAGGACACCGCGCAACACACCCUUCAGGUGUGUUCAGCGUGGUCCGAAGAGCGCCGCACUCUGGCGGCGGCAAUAGGCGAUGACCUCUCACUCCCAGGCGUAAUUCGCGCCAUGCUGGGCAGUGAGGGGUCAUGGGAGGCAGUUUCCUCCUUCUGCGAAAUAGCAGUCCGAGAGGGAGAUGCUCCUGCGGCAGUGGCGGGCAUGGAGCUCGAUGAGGAGAUGCUGUUGAGUGGAAGUAGCCGGGGGGCCAGUCCGAGCACCAGAAAGAGGAAAGCCCGACCGCCGAACUCGCGCUCCUACGCUGGCAUGGGGAAGGCCAAGCAUCUAUAUAUCGAGGCCGAGCAAAGCGACGAGGGACAGUCUCGCGAAGAGGCAGAGGUGGUUGCCGCUUCGCUCGCAGCAAAGGCCCAAGCCCGUGCCAACCCGAUGCUGAGGAUGGUAUCUGACGAGGAGGAGGAAGAGGACUUCCAGGCGGCCGGAACCCUCAGUAAGAUCAUAGAGGACAAUGUGGAAGUCAUCAAAAAGGUGGCUUCCACAUCCAAAAACCUCAAAGGAGGUUACGUGAGGGCCCUUAGGGACGCUGCCGAGGGAAUUAUCAAAACAACCAAGGCGCUGAAGAAUAGGUGCACCACGGAAGAGACCCGGGGGUUGCAGGCGGCCAAUUCCCGCCUCCAAGCAGAGGUCGAGCAGCUGCGCAAAGAAGUCGCGGAAAUGAAACAGUGCCUCCUUGCGCAACAUCAGAGGCCGGAACCCGCGCCGCGGAGCGACAACGAGGAGCUCGUCCGGACCAUUUUGUGCCAGGUGGGCACGAUGGUCAAUGCGCGGUUUGAGGCACUGGAGGAUAGGCUCCUCCCAGAGAAACGCAUCCGCCCCCCACUUGCGUCGGAUAGCAGGCCUGAGCCGGCGGGUCGUCGUGUACCGAAGGCCGCUGGCCAAGAUAAGAGAGGACAAGCUCCGACCAAGGCCACGGGCCAAGUCCUGAGCAGGCCCGCAGUGGACGGGACGGUGGAGCCUUCAGCGGUCCCUCAGGACGCGGCGGUGGAACCCAGAGGGCAGCAGCGGCCCACUGAGAUGCCCUGGAGUGAGGUCGUGAGGAGAGGGCAAAGGGGGGGCAAGAAAAAGGCGAACCGAGUUCGGACCGACGCCAAUGCUGAGAGGAGGAGAGCGCCCAGGACGCACACGAUUCGGGAGCCGAAAUCCGCCGCGGUGGUGGUGUCUAUCACGCCGGAGGGCAUCGCCAAGGGCCUCUCAUACGACUCCGUAAUAGCCGAGGCCAAGUCAAAGAUCAGGCUACAAGACGUCGGCAUCACCACCGGGGUGCGCUUCCGGAUCUGUGCCACGGGAGCUCGGCGCUUCGAGGUGAUUGGCGAGGGAAAUGGGCCUCAGGCUGACGCGUUGGCUGCAAGGUUGACCCAAAUAUUUGACGGAGCGCUGGUACGAAUCACCAGGCCAGCCAAAACAACGGAGGUCAAGGUCUCGGGUUUCGACGACUCGGCAACGGUAGAGGAGGUCUUGAUCGCUGUUGCAGGCGCGGGGGGCUGUGCUAAAGAAAGUCUCCGCUGCACGGGAUUUGUCCGGGACCGAUUUGGAGUCUACCACGCGUGGAUCGAGUGCCCGGUAGCGACGGCAAAGCGGGUGGCCACAGCGGGUCGCCUGUUGAUGUCGUGGGCCUCGGCAACCGUCAGGCUGCUCGAACCUCGCCCGCUACGCUGUUACCGGUGCCUCCAAAAGGGUCAUGUGAGGGCACAGUGCACUGCAGAGGUGGAUAGAAGCAACCAGUGCUUCCGGUGCGGGGUCGACGGUCACAAAUUCAAAGACUGCACGGCUAAACCGCACUGCACCAUUUGCGCAGCUGCUAAAAAACCCGCGGACCACAGGCUUGGCGGCAGGGGCUGCUCGGCUCCAGCGCCCAAAGUCUCCCGAGGCAUACGGCCACCAGUACCACCACACCAGCCGAUACGCGAGGACUCAAUGGAGACGGACAAUCCCGACCUGCUCGUCCAGAGCGUGGCCGAAUGGUCGAUACAGUUGGCGGUUGUGUCGGAGCCUUAUUUCGCUCCCGAAGGAGACACCUGGUUGAGCGAUAAGGACGAGGUGGUCGCGCUCUUCGUGCCACGGUCCCCGAGUUCUCUGUCUUUUGGUGGGGUUCGAAGGGGCCGCGGAUACGUCAGCGCCACGGUAGCAGGGACCCUAGUAGUCGGCGUGUACUGCGCCCCGAGUUGGAGCCUUGUAGAUUUUGAAUCGCUACUCGACCAGGUUGGAGCACUCAUUCGCAGAGGUCCCCGUCAUGUGGUGGUGAUGGGUGACUUCAAUGCGAGGAGCUCCGCCUGGGGCGACGUAGUCACUAACCCUCGGGGCGCAGUACUGGAGGAAUGGGCCCUGACUACGGGACUCACCGUCCUCAACAGAGGCUCAAGGCCCACCUGUGUUCGGCCACAGGGCAACUCAGUGGUGGACAUUUCGUUCGCUUGCCCAGCGACGGCGAGACGGGUGUACGGGUGGGAGGUUGUGGAAGGUGUGGAGACACUCUCCGACCACCUGUACAUCCGUUUCCAAAUAUCGGACUCGACAUCGGCCCCAGUCCAUCAGGGGGCGCAGUCGCCUCAUCGGGAUACUCCUCGGUGGGUAGUGAGGCGACUCAACAGAGACCUGUUGAAAGAAGCCGCCUUGGUGGAAACCUGGUCUCCCGCGGACACCUCUCUGGGCGUGGAUGAUAGGGCCGAAGAGCUAUGCGCGUCGAUGUCCCGG